UUAACAUUUAUUAACACUCGAAGAUGUGAAAACCUAGAACACGAUGCAAUUAAACUUUCAAUCAACUCUAAAAUUCACAUCUUCCUACUUAAAUUGAUGGGCAAAUACGAAUUGUUCCCAGAAACAACUACAACAGAAAGUCAAACUUCCACAACAACGACAACAAUAUCCACAACAACAUCUACAACAACCACCAGGAAAUCAAGAAGGACAAAAACAACAACAACCGUCAGCACAACAACUGAUUUUCCAUUUGUAAUAGCCAGAAACAGCAUGCAAUUCAUACCUGGACGUGGUUUGGUGAAUGAACGAGUUAAAAUCAGUGACUGGGAAAAUGACAAAUAUCUAUGGAUGCUCAAAGAGGGAAGAAUCAGAGUCUUACCACCUGGAUUAUUUGAAAUGUACACAACAACAAAGAAAACAACAACAACUCCGAGAACAUUGACUGAAAGUGAUUAUUAUAGUGACAGUGAAGAAUAAAAAC